AUGUCGCAAACAUUCUCCAAGGACCAGGUGGCUUCGCAUAGCAAAGGCGAUAGCCUCUGGGUUGUUAUUGACGAAGAUGUGUACGACUUGACCAAGUUUCAAGAUGACCAUCCAGGUGGAAAGAAAAUCCUCCAGCGCGUUGGUGGCAAGGAUGCCUCCAAGCAGUUCUGGAAAUACCACAACGAAGGAAUCCUAAAGAAGUACAAGGCCCAGCUGCAGAUUGGUUCUUUGGAUUCCAAGAAGGCUGCUGCUCCAGCCCCUGCUCCCAAACCUGCUGCUCCAAAGGCCCCGGCUUCCUCGAAUGCCCAGCCGGCCAAGUCGGAGGGGCCGUUGGAUCCUUACGGGGAUCUCAUUCCGUUCGCUGACCCAUCGUGGUACCAAGGCCACCACUCUCCCUAUUACAACGAGACACACGCUGCCCUUCGUGACGAAGUUCGCUCAUGGGUUGACGCCGAGAUUGAGCCAUACGUUACAGAAUGGGAGGAGAACAAAAAGGUGCCGGAUAGCAUCUACAAGCAGAUGGGCGAACGGGGCUACCUUGCCGGUCUUCUGGGUGUCAAUUUCCCAACUGAAUACACCAACGCUCGUGUGCAGUCGGUUCCCCCGGAGAAGUGGGAUCACUACCACGAACUCAUUGUCACCGAUGAGCUGUCGCGUGCUGCCAGCGGUGGUCUUGUCUGGAACUUGAUCGGUGGCUUCGGUAUCGGAUGCCCGCCUCUCGUCAAGUUUGGCAAGAAGCCUUUGCUCGACCGAAUCCUGCCCGGCAUCUUGGCUGGAGACAAGCGCAUUUGCCUUGCUAUCACGGAGCCUGAUGCAGGCAGUGACGUGGCCAACUUGACCUGCGAGGCCAAACUCAGUGAAGAUGGCAAGCACUACAUUGUCAACGGUGAGAAGAAGUGGAUCACGAAUGGUAUCUGGUCCGACUACUUCACCGUUGCUGUCCGCACUAGUGACCAGGGCAUGAACGGUAUCAGUGUCCUCCUCAUCGAGCGAGAGAACGGCGGUGUCAGCACUCGUCGUAUGGACUGCCAGGGUGUCUGGAGCAGUGGUACUACCUACAUCAAUUUCGAGGACACCAAGGUUCCCGUUGAGAACCUGAUUGGCAAGGAGAACCAAGGGUUCAAGGUCAUCAUGAUGAACUUCAACCACGAACGUAUCGGUAUCAUCAUUCAGUGUGUGCGAUUCUCCCGUGUCUGCUACGAACAAUCCGUCAAAUACGCCAACAAGCGUCGCACCUUUGGCAAGAAACUCAUUGACCACCCGGUCAUCCGCCUGAAGCUUGCAGAUAUGGCUCGUCAAAUCGAGGCUGCCACGAACUGGCUCGAGAAUGUCAUCUACCAGGCUCAGUCCAUGGACGAGACCGAGGCUAUGCUGAAGAUGGGCGGUCCCAUUGCUGGUCUCAAGGCCCAGUCCACCAAGACCUUUGAGUUCUGCGCUCGUGAAGCCAGUCAGAUCUUUGGCGGACUUAGUUACAGCCGUGGUGGCCAGGGUGGCAAGGUCGAGCGUCUCUACCGUGAUGUUCGCGCUUAUGCUAUCCCCGGUGGUAGUGAGGAGAUCAUGCUUGAUCUCAGCAUGCGUCAGAGCUUGAGAGUUCACCAAAUGUUCGGCAUGAAGUUGUAG